CACCCCCGCGGAGGCCGCGGCUUCCGGUGCGCAGGCCAGAGUGGCCCGGCUAGAGAUGGAGGCGCUUGUCUCCUGCUCCUGCUCCUCUUCGGCGGGGAGGUGAUUCCGUUCUCCCUGGAACCGUCGCCUCUUCUUCCGACCUCGCUUCCUCCUCCUCCUCCUCUUGGGACAGAAGGGACCGCGGCCAUCGCAGUUCCAAUGGGUGGCUUCCGGAGGCUCCCCAGGAGGAAAGUGCUGUGUCCCUCCAUCACCCCUGAUAAUGGAGGACAAGUCCAGGACUGGCAAUGGAGAACACCCCCCUUCCUCAACUGCCAGCUCCCGCUAAAGUCCUGAAGAGAUGUGGAUUGAUGCCAUUUCAAAGUGUGAAUAACAAAAAUGGAAUGCAUGAAUGAGGAUCUUAGCAUCGUUCUGGAGGCAGAGAAGUCAAAUGAAGUCAAAAGAACAAUAGUGGUGGGAAAAGAAGUGGACAUUGUGCUCCUGCUCUGCAGUUUGGCAGAGCACUAAGAUGUCUGUGGACAUGAACAGCCAGGGCUCUGACAGCAAUGAAGAGGACUAUGAUCCAAACUGUGAUGAAGAGGAAGAGGAUGAAGAUCCUGGGGACAUUGAGGAUUACUAUGUGGGGGUGGCAAAUGACGUGGAGCAACAGGGAGCAGAUGCCUUUGAUCCUGAGGAAUAUCAGUUCACCUGCCUGACGUAUAAGGAGUCUGAGAGUACCUUGAAUGAGCACAUGGUCAGCUUGGCCUCUGCAUUAAAGGUAUCACAUGCAGUUGCUAAGCUUGUAUUAGUUAGCUUCCACUGGCAAAUCUCAGAAAUUUUGGAAAGGCACAAGUCCAAUUCUGUCCAAUUGCUAGUGGAAGCACGAGUUCAACCUGCCUCAUCCAAACACGCCAUGGUACAUUCCUCCCAGCACUGUGCAGUGUGUAUGCAGUUUGUCCGAAAGGAAAACUUGUUGUCCCUGGCUUGUCAGCACCAGUUCUGCCGCAGCUGUUGGGAGCAGCAUUGUACAGUACUUGUCAAGGAUGGAGUUGGAGUAGGCAUUUCCUGCAUGGCUCAGGAUUGUCUGCUACGGACCCCAGAAGAUUUUGUGUUUCCAUUGCUACCUAGCGAGGAGCUGAAAGACAAAUACAGACGCUACCUCUUCAGGGACUACAUUGAGAGCCAUUUCCAGCUGCAGCUUUGUCCUGGUGCAGACUGCCCUAUGGUCAUACAGGUACAGGAGCCCAAAGCCCGCAGAGUGCAGUGCAACCGCUGCAAUGAGGUUUUUUGUUUCAAGUGUCGGCAGAUGUACCAUGCUCCCACAGACUGUGCCACCAUCAGAAAAUGGCUCACUAAGUGUGCAGAUGACUCUGAAACAGCUAACUACAUCAGUGCUCACACUAAAGAUUGUCCCAAGUGCAAUAUCUGUAUUGAAAAGAAUGGUGGCUGUAAUCACAUGCAAUGUUCGAAGUGCAAGCAUGACUUCUGCUGGAUGUGUCUAGGAGACUGGAAGACUCAUGGCAGUGAAUAUUAUGAAUGCAGUCGGUACAAAGAAAACCCUGAUAUUGUAAACCAGAGUCAGCAAGCACAGGCCCGAGAGGCCCUUAAGAAGUACUUGUUCUAUUUUGAGAGGUGGGAAAAUCACAAUAAGAGCUUACAGUUGGAGGCACAGACAUACCAGCGGAUUCAAGAGAAGAUACAGGAAAGGGUGAUGAAUAACCUGGGAACGUGGAUAGACUGGCAGUACCUACAGAAUGCAGCAAAGCUACUGGCUAAGUGUCGUUACACUCUGCAGUACACAUAUCCUUAUGCCUACUACAUGGAAUCUGGUCCCAGAAAGAAAUUGUUUGAAUACCAGCAGGCUCAGCUGGAAGCAGAAAUUGAAAAUCUCUCAUGGAAGGUAGAGAGAGCGGAUAGUUACGAUAGAGGGGACUUGGAGAAUCAGAUGCACAUAGCUGAGCAGAGGAGAAGGACCCUGCUGAAAGACUUCCAUGACACAUAAAGUAGCAGGAGCUGUCAGGGCGCAGGGGUGAGAGCAAAGCGCAAGGUGGCGGUGAGAGCAGCAGCAGAAGCAGCACAAGAAACUGGCCAUCCAUCACCACCUCCACAGAGAAGGGCUGAGGACAACACUUCACCUUCCCCUCGCAAAGCCAGACACAAGCUAGCACCACAGCAUAGUCUUCUGUUUUUCCUCUCUUUUUCUGCUUUUCAUUUUUGCCAGGCUAGAGGAUGGAGUUCAGAUUGGCACCUUUUCCUGGGACUUCUCCCUCCCUGUUCUUGGAUUGUUAUGGGAGGGAGUGCUGGUUUUUCCCCUGAAUGGCUGUUAAUAGCAUUAGAUCAUUACAGACUUGCAUAAUUUUCAACAGUUGUACAAUUAUAUAAAACAAACCCUAGAAUAACACAACCCCCUUUUAAAAAAAUAAAUUGGAAUUGGAGUGUGUUUCCUUUUUAAUAAGCUGCUUGUAAAAUUAAUGGCUGCUUCUGUUCUCUCCUUCCACCAUCCCUCUGUUGCACUGAAGGUUAUGAAAUAGACCAGCUGUCUGUCUGUUGGCACCUCUGAUGUGCACUUUUUUAUUGCUUGCCCUGUGACUGCUUGAGGUGAGCAGUGCCUAGGCUAGCAUACAGUUGAGUGCCCCUCUUAGUCUUCUCUGGCUAUGCUGCAGCAGUAGGGCAAUGCUCAGGGCAGCAUGGGAAAUGGCUCCAAUCCUAAUGUUCCAUUGACUUGAGGUUUUUCCUGCAUGGAUUUGGGUCCCCCAACCCCCGGGUUUCUCUUUUCUGCCAAAAUUAAAAUACUUGAAGGGGUUAUGUGAGUACAACCUCAGCUGUCAAUAGCAUAGUAACAGCCACUUUGGUUUUACCUGGGGAGCCAUACAGCAAGGCAUGUUAUGUCUAUGCCUUGCAUAGCUGCAGAACUCAGUCAUGUCAUGCAACAACCUGGUCCUUUACAUGACUGUAAGGUGAUAUAUCAAGGUUUAUUUCUCUUGCCCUGACAAGAUCAAAUUUCCCCACUUCUUAUUGAGGGAAAGCUGUGCCAUUUAACAUGUUUGAUUAUUUAAUAUAUAUAUAUUGGCAGCAUGACAAGUCCUUUGAAACAUGUUUGAAUGGUAAAUAUACACCAAUGUCCUAGAUACGACUCAAAAGCUGGCUGAAAAGUAACCAGCAAAUUAGAAGAGUGCUGCAUAAUUAGUAUUAAGGUUCAUGGUGGCUUAUGAUUGGCAGGGGAUUCUGAACUCCUUAAUAUGUGUUCAUGUCAAAUUUUCCUCAGUCCAUGCUAAAAGCUAGUUGUAAAACAGUGUCCAGAAACUGCUGUGUAAGGUGUGUGAACAGCACGUCUGGUUACUUUUGCUGAUCCACUUAGAGAGGGAGAUGGAACUGCUGGAUUUUUCCUGAAGUUGAUUUGUUGAUGGUCUGAAAUGAGAAUGUUGUUGCCACAUUGCUUACAAAAGCAUGUUGCACUGAGUUUUUCUUUGUGCAUUGAUCAUGACCUUUUGGAUUUGGAAGAGGGAUUGGAUCAUUAUUCUCUGCCCAUUUCACCUGCCUUUCUAGCCUUUGAGUUUUAUUAGUGACUUGGAUAUUGUCCUGGCUCUUGGAGCUCAUCUGCCAUGCCACCCACUGUCCCUUUCAGCUGCUGCUACUACUACCUCAGGCACUCCAAGGAAAAUAACAAUACCCUCCACCUGCUUGCUCCCCUAGUAGAUAAUACCCAAACCCUUUUAAUAUGACUAUCUCCCCAUCCAUUAACCCAUUAACCAAGCAUAGGAAGGAAGGUACAAGGCUAAACAGUAAUGCCUAGGAGAGAAACUCCCACACGUCCAUCCUUCUCAUGCUUCCCUCUUCCAUUUACCUUUUCCCCAUCCCACUGGUCUUUUAUAAGUCUCUUGUAGCUGAUACAGCAUGACAACCUCAUCAGGCUUGCUCCUUUAACCCACGUUGAUCUGCUGUAAAUGGAGAUCAUGUGAUUGUGUUCUAUUGGCUAUAGAUGUUUCAGUUUUCUCUGCAUGAAGUCCACAUCUGGGCCUUUGAUAUAUAGAAACAGAGCCAAAAUCUUUUAGCAAGUACAAAAAGUUCAGUGUGUGUGUGACUAAAUUACCUACAGGAUACAUUAGCAUUCAUUCUGCUACUGGUUGGAUGAGAUGUACUGUACUGCAUAAAUUGCUAGCAUAGGGUUAUUUCAUUUAACCCAGCUGCAAUUGGAUGAAGAUCAGCCUCCAAAUAUGGAAACCAUUUGACUUCCCAGUUUUUACUGUUUAUUGCUCGCCUGACUCCUUGCUUGCUUACACAGUGUUUAGUCUGUGAAAGAGGUGAGCAUCUUUUGUUCUUUAAACUUAGACUGAACUAUCUAGCUAGUUGAAUUUAUUGUGUUAAGGCAUACAUACUUCUGUAGCUCAGUACAGUCUAGUGCAAAAGGGAAUGAUGUAUGUUUUGCACUACAUCUGACAAACAAUUAUAACUGGUUGAAUUUGAUGGUAGUGCAUUCACAAUGUCCAGCAUCAAACCAAGCUUUCUAUACAGUGUACUAAGACGUGCUCUGUAAGCAAGUAUUGUAGGGCUUCAUUCAGCAUUGCAGAAGUGGACACCUGUUUGUGCAACAGAAUUUUCCUGCCUUCUCCUCACUCUGGCAGCUCCCGACAUGCCCCCCCAAAUUUGCUUUAAAGGGUCUCCCCUUCUGAGAGCAGAUUUAAUGGGAGGCGAAGGGCUAUGGCUGAGGUCAGGAGAAGGAACUGCUUCAUCAGUGGUAGCCAUUCUUUUUCAUUAGUGAAUGAAUGCAGUUGGAUUUUAUCAGAAUAGCUGCCACUGAGUUUGAAACUAUCAGCAUUCAAGUAUGUAUAAACUAUCAUUUUUAGUCCCAGAUUUUGCAGAUGAGCAAAUUAUUUUUCCACAAUAUCCUCCCUAUUUUAGAAUUGCACAGUCCCUCAGUCACUGCUUGAAAGGUUUUGUCAUUGAUGGAAAUAAGUAAGGCCCUAGGAAUGUAUCCUUGUUCCCCACUGUGGAAACACAUAGUGGUAUUUUUAUUACCAGCAUGAUCCUAGAGUAAGUCAGAUUUUCUCCUCUUUGGAAAAUCUCUGGUUUGGGGUGGGGAGACUGAAAUUACAAAUUCAUGGCAUCUGAGCUGGGCAGGGAUGGGGAACUUGUGGCCUUACAGAUGUUCAGCUUGCAACAUCUUCAUCUCGUACCAUUGGCUAUGUUGACUAGGGCUGAUGGGAGAUGAAGACAAAAACUAUCUGAAGGGUCACACAUUCCCCAGUCCUGCUAUAGGUAAUUUAUUUCCCUCAUUGCUAGUUAACAUCCUAUACUCAGCGCUUUUGUCUUCCUUUUUCUGUAAGACUUGGGCCUAAGCCAAUUUGGCAGCUAUUUUCAUCUUUCAUUCUGCUUUUUUAAAAGUUUGGCUUGGCCCACGGUUGUCUCCAGUGCUUAUUUUAGUUUGAUUUACCUUGCAUUUAGUAUUCCCUAUCACAGCUCUUUUAUAAAGAGACACAGAACACCUAAGGCAAUAUCUCUGCAUCAACUCCUGAUAAGUGAACAUGGAGGCAUUCAGUUUAUACUAAAUUGUCCUGGCCAGCAGAUCACCGUGCAGCUCAAAAGCUUGCAUACAGGUAUCAAAGGAGACUGUACAAACAGGAGAGAAAUCUUUCCCGCCAGUUUUUUGCUUGUACUUUCCUAGCAGCUCUUCUCUUUCACAGCAGCUAGGAGUUUUCUGUUGAGCUAAAACUGAAUGUCAUCUGUGUGCCAUGCUAAUGCUACAGGAAGAACCAGAGACUCCGGUCCCUAUUACAGCAUUGUCUCAAUUCAUCUUAAAACUUUUUGUUUCUCAGAUCGGCUUCAUUUCUCAGUAGAUUUUUUAAAGGAAAUCUCUUUCGUGCUCACUCAAGUCUGGACUGAUCCAAGUUUUCAGGUAGUAGCUUCUGCUAUGGGAGCUUUUUUUAUUACGCAGAGUGCUACAUUAUCAUGGCUGCCUUUGCUCUGUCCCUCAUUGAGGUAUGGGGGAGGGAAAGCAAUCUCAAGAAACUGCCAACACUUUUCCGGCAUUAGGAUGGGAAGGGGCAAAGGAAAGAGCCCUUGAAGUUUCCCUUCCUAAAAUUGUUUAUUUGAAAUAAAUUGUGAAUUUCUAAUUUUA